AUGACGCUGCUCGAGAAGGUCAACCUGGCGACCGAUAUCGGAGACCUGUUGGAAAGGCAGAACAUGCAAAUCGAGCAGAAGUCGUGGCACAUCCAAGAGCAAGACGAAAACAGGAAGGAGUUGGAGGAGGACAACGAGAAUCUCGAAAAAGAAGUGGAAGAUCUCGAAAAAGAGACCGAGAAGCCUCGCCUGCCCGAGCGGCCCUACAACCGCCACCCUCCUGCCGCCACCAUUUGUCUGUUCGCAUUCCAGAUACCCGUCAGCUGGACGGAGCCCGCCCCGAGUGCUCAAGAGCCUCCCCCGAGUGCUCAAGAGCCUACUGCCGGAGGUUCCCGCCCAUGA